GGUGGGAAGAGCAUGGCUUUUCAUUCCCUGCAUUAUUUUGGGUGAAAGGAAGUGAGUGCCUUGAAGGAGUAUCACCAAUGAAGGGUGUUAUGCAAUUUGGGAAGAAAGGCAAGCUUAGUCUGAGAUAUAUCGAUUCAUUUGAAAUAGAUAAGAUCAGCGAAGAACGGAGGGCGAGAGCGAGGGGUCCAUCCACGCCAUUGGCUGCUGUGGAGGUUGAGUCACCGAAAAAUCAUCCCCUAUCGUCAUCCUCUGCUCCUUUCUUGUUUGGCGUUGGCGUGUGUAUGUGUGUCAUCUUCAACUUCUCUUCCUCCUCAGUUCUAGCUGUUACACGUGCAUAUGCUGCUGGAAUUAAUUCUUGCCGUCUUUUGGGUGGUGGCUGUCAUAACUUUCGGAGAUGAUGCUGAAAUUCCAUCUAAAUGUUCCAGCUGGGUUUUGUUGGAGAAAAAGGAAAUUGAAUUUCUUUAUUGUGUAAAUAGUGAACGAAGAAGUUUGUUGAAUGAUUAUGUGUGUUAGAAUUUUUAAUUGAAGCUUCUAAAUUUGGUUGCUGCCAACUAUAAUUUAAAUGGUUAAUUUGGGAUUUAGUUUGAGAUAUUGUAUUAUUGAUGAUACUUAA